ACCCUAAUGUACAUAUAUUAAUACUGUUUAUUCUGUAUAUUUUGUAUUUUCAUUUUUUUAUAGAUGUGUCUGCACCUACUUCACCAAAAUCAUCAUACCUGGCAAUAAACCAUUUCUGAUUCUGAUUCUUAUUCAAAGGACCGUACUAUCAAAUAUGCUCCUCCUUUUCAGUAAGCUUAGAAAUUGUAAAAAUGUCCCAUGACAAAUGCAGCAAGUCAGCAACUACCAGUAGCUGUUAAAGAGGACAAGCGGAUGAUAAAAAAAUAAGCUCCUCCCCUUUGGACAGGUUUAAUUGUGCAGGUGAUGUCACGCCAUGUCAACCUGACUGGUCAUAUGACUUCCUGUCACGCUGUUAACUGCAUCAUAACCACUCAUAACCUUGAGUGGUGCCUUUCAUACAGAACGGAUGGAAUGCUAUAAACCCGAUCCAAAGUUCAGGAAUGAGAUAAGACCCAGAUUCCGUCCUGGGACUCGGGUUCAUGAAAUGUAAAAAUACACUUUGUGUCUCUGAUUGGUGCUUGCAUAUUGUCCUUGGUGUAAAAGCUGUGGAGACGUCGCUGGAAUAUGUACAGCGUUUCUUCUACGCAGUCUGUAGUGGAAGUUGUUUUUUUGGGGCGUGCUUUUUGUGAGUUCUUGCAUGAGUCUUGGUUGGUCUUGGCCCCGCCCCUCAGCACCACAGAGGCCGGCCUUGGACCAGCUCACACAGCUAAGAUUCAGACUCCCGGAGACUCAGCCUUCAUUUGUAAGCUCAGCGUUUGAGCUGGACAGAUCCUGGUUCAGAUCCUGAUGGCCGUGGACAGCAUGGACCUGGAGCAGGAGAAGAAGCAGCACUGCAUCCGUGGCAAGCAUGUUGUCAUCAUCUGUGUGACAGUUGUAGUCUGUUCUUUAGCGGUGGGUCUCGGGGUGGGCCUCUCUCGGUCAGAAUCUACCACAACCCCAGUCUACACCACGGCAGGUCCCACGGCAGAACCUACCCAACCUCCUGAACCUGGUAGAGGACCCUGCAAACCUUCCAAUGACAUCAGCGGGGACUGGAAGAACUUUCGCCUACCCAGCUAUGUGAAACCCGUUCACUAUGACUUGCUGCUGGAACCAGACCUUGUCGCUGACACCUACACGGGCACCGUGGAGAUCCAUGUGGAAGUCAGCAAGCCCACGCGCCACCUGUGGCUCCACAUCAGAAAUACGUUUGUCAGCGAGAAGCCCAGGCUAAAAUUGCUGGACAAACAUGGACAGCAGAAGCACGUGUCAGUCAAGAGCUGCUUUGAAUACACCCCUCAGGAGUACGUGGUGGUGGAGGCCACGGAGGAGCUGCCUGCCACCAACCCUGGAGAGACGUACGUGCUGGGUUUGGACUUCCAGGGAUGGCUGAACGGCUCCGUGGUGGGAUUUUACCGAGUCAUUUACACAGAAGGAGGAGAACCCAAAAAGGUUGCAGCAACUGAUCACGAGCCAACAGACGCCCGCAAGUCCUUUCCCUGCUUUGAUGAGCCCAACCAAAAGGCCACCUUUAAAAUCUCCAUCAUUCACGACGCCAACUAUGGAGCUCUGUCCAACAUGCCGCCCGAGAGCGCACCGCGACGACUAUCUGGCAACAAACUGAGAACCUCCUUCCAGAAGUCCAUUCCAAUGAGUACCUAUUUGGUAUGUUUUGCUGUGCACCAGUUCGGUCAUGUGGAAAGAAUAUCCGCCCGAGGAAUUCCUCUGAGAAUCUACGCCCAACCAAGUCAGUUAUCAACUGCAACUUAUGCAGCGGACACAACCAAGGUCAUUUUUGAUUACUUUGAGGACUACUUCAAUAUGACAUACUCCAUCUCAAAACUUGACAAGAUCGCCAUCCCUGACUUUGGAACCGGUGCAAUGGAGAACUGGGGCCUGAUCACCUACCGGGAGACCAACUUGCUGUACGACGAGAACCAGUCGUCGUCCUACAAUAAGCAGCGAGUUGCUAGUGUUAUCGCACACGAGCUCGUUCACCAGUGGUUUGGGAAUAUUGUGACGAUGGAUUGGUGGGAUGACCUCUGGCUCAACGAAGGCUUCGCUAGCUUCUUUGAGUACGUCGGCGUGGAGAAGGCCGAGGCCAGCUGGGGUAUGCGGGAAAUCAUGCUCAUCAGCGAUGUGCUUCCUGUUAUGGUGGAUGAUGCCCUCCUCUCGUCCCAUCCAAUCAUCGUGGACGUGUCCACCCCGGCGGAAAUCACCUCUGUGUUUGACGCCAUUUCAUACAGCAAGGGAGCAUCCAUUCUCAGGAUGCUGGAGGACUGGAUGGGGAAGGACCCGUUCAGAGAUGGCUGCCGAAAAUAUUUAAAAGACUACUACUUCCAGAACGCCAAGACGGCCAACUUUUGGGCUUCCCUUGCAAACGUGAGUGGGCUGCCGGUGGCGGAGGUAAUGGACACGUGGACCAAACAGAUGGGCUACCCAGUGGUGGACCUCACCGUCACAGAAGCAAAGGCCACACUGAGCCAAAAGCGUUUCCUCCUGGAUCCUAAUGCUGAUGCCAACCAGCCUCCUUCACCUCUUGGUUACGUGUGGACCAUCCCGGUCAAAUGGCAUUCUCUGAGGAGUGAUAAGAACAUGUCAACCAUGUUUGACAAGAGCAGCACAGAGCAUGUUGUAAACGACUACUCACCUGCAGUAGAUGGCCUUCUGAAGGUCAACAACGAUCACAUAGGAUUCUACCGAGUCAACCACGAAGACCACAUGUGGAACACCAUUAGCCAGCAGCUUCGAAGCAACCACUUGGAGUUUGAUGCAGCUGAUCGCACAAGCUACAUUGAUGAUGUAUUUGCUCUUGCGAGGGCAGACAUCAUCGACUACGGCCACGCCUUCAACCUCACCAUGUAUCUGACCAAUGAGACGGACUACAUCGUAUGGGAUCGAGUGGCGUCCUCCAUCGCGUACGUUCGAGACAUGUUGUCCGCCAAUGCUGGUCUCUAUCCAAAGUUUCAGCAAGUUUUUGGCGAUCACGUAAAAAACAUUUCAACUGAGCUUGGCUGGAAUGACGAAGGAACGCAGAGAGAACGGCUACUGCGGGAGACCGUGCUCAGCAUUGCUUGUCAAAUGGGAGAUGAGGAUAUGCUGGAUGAAGCCUCGCAUAUUUUUAACCGCUGGAUUAAUGGAAGUCUCAGCAACGUGGCAGUGAACCUGAGGUUGCUGGUAUAUCGUUAUGGCAUGAAGAACACCAAAGAAGACGUGGAAGCCAAAUGGAACGUUAUGUUGGACCGAUACAAGAUGGCUACCUUGGCUCAAGAGAAGGACAAGCUGCUGUAUGGACUGGCCUCUGUCCAAAACGUCCAGCUUCUCUGGAGGCUCCUGGAGGCCUCUAAAGAUGAAACUGUGGUGAGAAGCCAGGAUCUGUUUACCCUCGUCAGAUACGUGUCCUACAACUCUUUGGGUCAGACCAUGGCCUGGGACUGGACCACGCUCAACUGGGACUACCUGGUUAACAGAUAUACCAUCAACGAUAGAAACCUUGGACGCCUUCUAAAUCGACUGUCAAGCAGCUAUAACACGGAGCUCCAGCUGUGGAAGAUGCAGCAUUUCUUCAGUCUGAAUCCCGAUGCCGGAGCUGGGGAGAUGGCGAGGAAGCAGGCACUGGAAACUGUACAAAAUAACAUCCAAUGGAUUCAGAGGAAUGAGGACGAGAUUAGAGUGUGGCUGGAGAGAAAUGGCUCCUAACUUGAUCAUAUACGUAUAUAUUGUACUAUACUGUAUGUACUGUACUAUACUGAACUGUACUAUAAUGUUCCUUUGACUCAGACUUUCCUCUAUGAGCCACUCGGCUUUGGUUUCUAUUCAUGUCACAGUGUUCAACCCACAUCUCUGGUUGACUAUGAAGCGUCCUUCUUCAAGAGAGAACAAUGGUAAUUAAAGAGAGAAGGGCAGUGUAUCUGGAAGUAAUCAGUCUUUUAGGGCACGUAUGAAAAUUUCAAUAUGAUUUUGAGAAUUUUGCUCCCAAAUGUUUUCACAAAAGGUUGAAAGAACAUCUUUGAUUUUACUGUAAACUCAAUUUAUUUUAAUGAUGGGAGUCGUUAGGAGUCAUCACUGAACCGAAUCAGGUGGGAGUCGAGUCACAGUCGCAAGCCUGUCUUUUGCCUCUU